AUGGGGCCCCCUACUGUUCCCGGGCCCUCGGGCAGUGCCCGAGUUUCCAAAUGGUCAGUUCGCCCCUGGUGCCAGCAGUCAGUGCCACGUGCCAGUGCCCAUCAGUGCCACAUCAAUGCCACAUAUCAGUGCAUACUAGUGCAUAUCAAUGCCACAUAUCAGUGCCCAUCUGUGCUGCCUUUCAAUGUCACCCAUCAGUGCCAGUCAGUGCCAUCUAUCAAUGCCAAUCAGUGCCACCUAUCAGUGCUGCCAAUCAGUGCCACCUAUCAGUGCCAGUCAGUGUCGCCUAUCAGUGCACAUCAGUGCCACCUAUCAGUGCCAGUCCGUGCCACCUAUCAGUGCCAGUCAGUGCCGCCUAACAGUGCCAGUCAGUGAUGCCUAACAGUGCCAGUCAGUGCCACCUAUCAGUGCCAGUCAGUGUUGCCUAUCAGUGCCACCUAUCAGUGCCGCCUAUCAGUGCCAUGUAUCAGUGCUGCCUUUCAGUGCCCAUCAGUGAUGCCUGUCAAUGCCCAUCAGUGCAACCUACCAGUGCCUCCUCAUCAGUGCCCAUCAGUGCCAGCUAUCAGUGUCCAUCAGUGCAGCCUGUCAGUGCCCAUCACUGCAACCUCAUUAGCGCACCUCAGUGAAGGAGAAAAAUCACUUAAUUACAAAACAGUAUAACAAAAACUAAGAAAAAAACUUUUUUUUUUCAAAAUUUUCAGUGGUUUUUGGUUUGUUUAAGAAAAAAUAA